GUUGCUGGGGAACUAGUAUACGCACACACGUAAUGGCGGCUGACAUGCCUCUGGACAUCGAGAACAGGUCCGUCGUUUGAAGUGAUUGCCGAGAUCCACUGCGCACCCCGUGGUACAUUCACCAUAAACUUUUUCCAUAUUUACAUUUUUCAUCACUGUCGUUGACACAGAGUGAAUAUGGCGUUGACCUCAGUGCACACCUGCGCUUACCUGUUGGUGAUUGCUAUGUCGGCUCUCUCCGUCUCGUCUGCAGGCAAGGUGGUAUGUCCAUGCAAGACGAAGGAUGGGUGUGUUCGUCCGAACAGAAUGAAGUCCACGGAUAAAGAGGUAUUUAUUGUGACAAAUGGUACGGCAGACUACAGGAGUUGGGAAUGGGAUUCCUUGACUUCCGUCAUCGCCACGGAGACCAACCUCAACACAGACGUCAUGUGCUUUGCUCAUCAGAUGCACAAGAAAUACGGCUUCAUGGUCCAUCUGGACUACAAGGCUGCCAACUCCAACUCCAGCUCCACCACGUGGGUCGACAGCAUUGUCAGCCGCAGGAACUCCUCACACGCCGACUUUGUCUCAGUCAAACUCAUGAACGUCCUCAAAACUAAGGAUGCUUCCAUAGUGCAGAAAGUGAACAAAAUCCUCCUUGCGCUCAAGUCAGCGCUAACUCCAAAGAUACAUUAUGGACAUCCUAUUGAGAUGGUGUGUGUGGUGCCUUGGAAGCCGGCUUGCUAUGGUGGUGACUGCACCAUCACUCAGGACACCCUGUAUCACGCCUGUGACUGGAUCAUGAUUGACCCCAGCAGCUUUGAGUACCAGCAUGAAGGAAGCGGGUGUCAGGCUAGGGCCACUGUGCCUUUCACCAUGAUCAGUCUGGGUGUGGAUGAAUAUGCAUCCUUCGGGAUCAACGAGGAGCGAGUGAUCCUUGGCAUCCCCUGGCAUGGCUACAAGUACAACUGUAAAGACUUCACAUUUCGUAUGGAUUUAAGUAAGUGCACCCUGAAGGAAGUCAAGAGCGAGGGGUCCAACACAAGCCACUGCGACGUUGCCGGGUCCCGAGAAAUGAUAUCAGUUGGAGAACUCCUGGACAAGCAUCAGGACCAACUGACCACAGCCUACUGGAACAAGGCCUACAAGGCUCCCAUGUUUGACCAUUGUACGUCUAACAUGUCCAACUGUCACCAGUACUGGUACGAGAACAUCCACAGUCUCCGGCUCAAGUAUCAGUAUGCCCAUGAUUUUGGCCUCAAAGGGAUUGCUAUUUACUUCGCUGAAGAUCUGUCCAAGUCCAACACGCCAGCCAACACGGGCUUCACGGGGGGCAUGUGGGACUGGGUCCUCCACGGAAUCCUGCAAACAACAGUAAAACAACCCCCGCCAGUCAAGUACCAUGCUGAUGUGGUGGCUGGGGCGGCCAUCGGCUGUCUGUUGCUUGGACUGGUUCUGGGAGUCCUCUUCACCUGCCUGGGACUGCGACAUCGCGUCAAGAAGAAGCCAGGUGCUCCCUUCAAGCGCGACCGGCAGGUGGAGUACCACGACGAGGAUGAUGACUUGAACUUGUGAUCACAUUUGGCAGCAGUCAGCAAUUCUCCAUCAAGAAAUUAAAGAAAACAAAAUUCAAGUAAUGUCAGCUGAGAUUGUAGGAAAGAGGCAUUGUGUGUACACAGAUCUCUCAAUGGUUAGUUUGAUUUCAAAGUUUACUGGGUUGUGAGCAUGGCCAGCUUCUGUCAGACCUGAACACAACGUAUAGACAGGAGCAGUCUUGAUUUAAUCAAAAUCUCUAGGGAUAUUCUUUUGUUCCGUGUUAAAGUGGAUUUUGUUAUUGGAACUGUUUUUUGUUCAAUGCCUUAGAAAUGAAAAUAUUUUUUAACACAGGUUUCGUUACUGUACAGCCCACUGGACCUUGGUCAACAGCUGUUGUAGACUGUCCCAAGUACUUGGGCUCACGUCCGGUAUCUUUUAGCCUUGAUGUGUACAAGUAUUUAUUUAUUUAUAUAGAUCAGUUGAAUAAAAUUUUAAUUUUCUAUGGAAAUAUUAAGACACAUCAUACAAGUAAAGACAUAAUAUUGUAUUGAGUUAUUAUUGGAAUUGAUAGGGGAAAGUUAAUAUAAAAACAAUAUUAGUUUGUCUAAGUUGCACAGAUUUUCCUGAAUCGGUUAAUGAGCUUAGAGAUUGAUCAUUUUCUGGGUGUGUAUUAUCAUGGUAUCUGUUGUUAUGGCAACUCUUGCUUGAAAGUGUGGAAGCAGUGGCAUUGUCAUGGUAACUGAUGCUAUGGCUUAAAAGUGUGGAGUGUAGAAGCUGUGGCAUUGUGUUGUCAUGGUUACCGCUGCCAUGACAGCUCCUGCUUGAUAGUGUGGAGUGUGGGAGCUGUGGCGUUGUGUUGUCAUGGUUACUGCUGCCAUGACAGCUCCUGCUUGAUAGUGUGGGAGCUGUGGCGUUGUCAUGGUAACUGCUGCUAUGGCUUGAAAGUGUGGAGUGCAGGAGUUGUAGCAUUGUGUUGUCAUGGUUACUGUUGCUAUGACAGCUCCUGCUUGAAAGUGUGGAGUGCAGGGGCUGUGGUUACUGCUGCUAGAGGGUGUGAUUUGAACAUUCCCUUCCCUACAUUCUUCAUAUAGUAUAAGACAAGAAGUUGUGAUUUGAACAUUCCCUUCACUACAUUCUUCAUAUAGUAUAAGACACUGAAGUUGUGAUUUAAGCAUUCCACUCAGUACAUUCUCCAUCUAGAGAACCAUGGGCCAACUGUCAUUGUCUCUGCAGAGUUGUCUCCCUUAGGAGUGCCAGACACCAAUGACCGUGACUGAAUCCUAGAUCCGCCCUGGUUAUGGUUCAAGGUUUGUUUGUGUUCGUUGGUUUUACCCAGAGUCUAAUACCUGUAUCAGGUUUCCACUCACUCACUCACUCACUAAAGUAAAACAUGCUACUCCAUGAGUCUGGUGAGAUGGUAAGUUACCCACUCGGGGAACCUGGUCCUGACAGCUUGGGGGCAUGGGUGGCCCAGUCGUCUAAGGUGCCGUGAUUCGCUAUGCUAUGAUUAUGGGUUCGAAUCCCGGUUCGCCCCAAUUAUGUUUCUAGGUUUGUCAGCACCAUACCCAUGCUUGUGGGUUUCACCGAAGUGGUAAACAUCUGAGACCUGCAUCAUUUCGGGCUUUCCUCCCACAUUAAGCUGACACGCUGUGAUAUGACUGUAAUACUGUUAAAAGCGGCGUUUAACCAAACUCACUCACUCCUGACAGCCACUCUCAUCUGUGUGUGUCAGUAAAUAGCUGUCGGUACUUUCACCAUGAGACGAGUAUUAUCUGUGUGUGUCAGUAAAUAGCUGUCGGUACUUUCACCAUGAGACGAGUAUCAUCUGUGUGCGUCAGUAAAUAGCUGUCGGUACUUUCACCAUGAGACGAGUAUCAUCUGUGUGUGUCAGUAAAUAGCUGUCGGUACUUUCACCAUGAGACGUGUAUCAUCUGUGUGUGUCAGUAAAUAGCUGUCGGUACUUUUACCAUGAGACGAGUAUCAUCUGUGUGCGUCAGUAAAUAGCUGUCGGUACUUUCACCAUGAGACGAGUAUCAUCUGUGUGUGUCAGUAAAUAGCUGUCGGUACUUUUACCAUGAGACGAGUAUCAUCUGUGUGCGUCAGUAAAUAGCUGUCGGUACUUUUACCAUGAGACGAGUAUCAUCUGUGUGUGUCAGUAAAUAGCUGUCGGUACUUUUACCAUGAGACGAGUAUCAUCUGUGUGCGUCAGUAAAUAGCUGUCGGUACUUUCACCAUGAGACGUGUAUCAUUCGGUUCUUUCAGUGAUGGAAGUGUGUAUCUUACUCAGAUAAUUCAUUAUGCCAGAUAUUUCCUAUUAUGUCUUGUGUUUGAAUGUAGAGGUACGAAAAUAUAGCACCUUGCUUCUCAGACUCCAGCAGGGAAAUGCAAAUUAUUUUGUUUCCGCAAAUUUGCCCAUUUUUCAAACAAAACAAAAACAGGAUGCAAACUUCAAAAGUUGUAUCUCAUGUGUGUGCAUUCUUACAUUGAUGCCUUAUGUUCUGUGAUGGUCUGCUGAUCUCAGGAAUCUGGUAACCAUGGAUACCCCGAGAUAUAGCUGUUGGAGGAAAUGUACACGAUAUGUUUAUGAAGUUCUGUUGGAAUCAACAUGUAAUUUGCAGCGUUCUGAUUGCCUUGAUUCACGUGAGGCCUGCAGGAAGUGGAGAAUAUUGUGUGUGGCACUAUUUGUAGUUAUUCAACACAGGCUGAACAUGUUGCUAGCCAGCUACAAGAAUGAGUCCCAGAUCUAGAGUUAUCCCCCUUGUUGCAUUCCGUGUUGUGGGAGCUGUGUUGUGUUGUUGUUCAAGAUGAUGGAACAACUGUUGUGCAGAUGUUUGUGUCCUCACACAACAUUCCAAUACGUAUGUCGAUCAUCAUUCCAGAACAUAUUUUGUAUACAAACGUUGAACAGUUUAGCCGGGAGGGGCAACCGAUGGCAAUAUGUAUUUUAGUGAUCUUAUAUUCAUAUAGCAUUUGCUCAUUCACUGAACCAGUGAGAUUUGAUUCUGUUGGUUUGAAAUACUGCAUCUUUUUUUACUUGGAUUGUUUAAUUGUGUGUUUUACCUGGAUCUCUGGCUGGUCGCUCUCCCUAUCUACCUGGUGUAGAGCUCUCCCUAUCUACCUGGUGUAGAGCUCUCCCUAUCUACCUGGUGUAGAGCUCUCCUAUCUACCUGGUGUAGAGCUCUCCCUAUCUACCUGGUGUAGAGCUCUCCCUAUCUACCUGGUGUAGAGCUCUCCCUAUCUACCUGAUUUAGAGCUCUCCCUAUCUACCUGGUGCAGAGCUCUCCCUAUCUACCUGGUGCAGAGCUCUCCCUAUCUACCUGGUGCAGAGCUCUCCCUAUCUACCUGAUGUAGAGCUCUCCCUAUCUACCUGGUGUAGAGCUCUCCUAUCUACCUGGUGCAGAGCUCUCCCUAUCUACCUGAUGUAGAGCUCUCCCUAUCUACCUGGUGUAGAGCUCUCCCUAUCUAUCUGGUGUAGAGCUCUCCCUAUCUAUCUGGUGUAGAGCUCUCCCUAUCUACCUGGUGUAGAGCUCUCCUAUCUACCUGGUGUAGAGCUCUCCCUAUCUACCUGAUGUAGAGCUCUCCCUAUCUACCUGGUGUAGAGCUCUCCCUAUCUACCUGGUGUAGAGCUCUCCCUAUCUACCUGGUAUAGAGCUCUCCCUAUCUUCCUGAUGCAUUUGUCUUGUAUAUAUUUGUACAUCAUGUCUGCAUUCUAUGUGGAGAGGCCUGUCAAAGCCAUUUACUGGCUAUGUCUAAGGUUAUUAUUGCUGUUCCAGCUGAACUGUUUGAAAAUAUAUGAACCAUUGACAAUUGUACUAUGUGAAUAUAGUCUGCACUGUUUAGUGAUCAUAGUCUUGGGACUACAAGAGCUAUAACGAAAAAGGUAAUAAUUACAAAGCAGGUAUUCUCAUGUGGCGACAGCAGAUGAAUUGACAUUUCGUAUUUCCAUAUUGUCUGAAUGCUUCUCGUAUCAAACAUGUUGUGUAUGGUGGGUUUACAGCACUCCUGUAAUCAACUGUAGAAAACUGGUGUUAUCUGUUUGCCAAAGUUUGUAUUAAAUGAUACUGCUUGUUACUACUUAAACGAGUACUUUCAAGUACUAACUCUAGAUCAGUGAUGAGGUGACUGGAAGAACGUCAUGUGGAAAUGUAUGUUGAUAUUGUCGUGCGACGUGUCGUGUGACGUGUAGUGUACAGAGAGCAGAUAUAUGUGAAGAACAUCCAGUGAAGUCCUGAUCAUCUGGAUAGUAUUUCAUAGGCUCUGUAUUAUCGCGGUAUCAGUUAAUCUACAACCCGUCAACUGUUUACUUAUGCAAAUCUAAGUAUGAGUAUACGCGUUAACUUUCUUAUGAGAGUUUCUAGAAUGUUUUUGAAGUGGAAUUACCCCUACCUCCAUUCGAAAUUUGUUAGAAAAGAACCCAUUUUUUUACGCGAUGUCCCUUGACGCAAACUAGGCCGUACGUGGCAUACAUACUGAUUAUGCAUAAUCCACACGUAUCACACAAACUAGUGAUACUGCGAUAAUACUGCCUUACCCACCCUUGAGUCGCUAAUGACAGGUACUUUGUUUACCCAACUCUGUUAAGAAAAUCAGCACCAAUCAAUCCCAAUUGAUAUUUCAUAAAAGUUGAACAACAAACAAGAAACAUUUUGCGUACGACAUAUUUAAUAGGUUAGUAAGUGAUUGCCAUUACCAUCCAUUAGGAAUUAAUUACCAUAAUAAGGCUUAAAAAAAUGAAAAGAAUUGGUUCACAGGCAAUGACUUUUGAAAAUAUAGUGCAUGCGGGCAGUGGUUUUCUUUGGCUUGUUCAAACUAGUAGGUGCCCAAAUAAACAGUUGUGUACCAUCAACCUGGGAAAGGGCCUCCCUAUAUCAACAAACAACCGCUCCUAUUGCCGCCAUGACCAUAACACACGAUGUGCAGUAAAGCGGUGCGCAUAUUAAGGGAAGUAACUGGGUGCUAUAUUGGAUAGCAUUGAUUUUAAGUAUUAGGAUUUUUUAAUAAUGGAAAUAAAACAAAACAUGCGCCAGACUUUAUGAUGAUGCGGGCGGUGCCUGAGAACCAAGACUAUUAUUUUUUUAGCCUAAUAUAGUGUAGCAUGCUACUGUCCCCUGUGACAUGGCAGCCCGGAGGAACAGAUCUCCGGGUGAAUCUUCAGGAGUCUGGCAUGGGGUUCCCUUGGAAUAACAUGGGAGACUUCUGAAUCAUAGGGAUCACGACUUGCGUGUCACUGAAAAUACAAACACAGGCUCUCUCUCUCCAACUCACGCACAUGCACACGUGCAGGUUAGCCUCUAUUUGUACAUGUACAAUGACAGCUUAGAUUGUUUUUGCUUGACCUGCAAUAAUUCUGAAACUAUUGAAAAUGGAUAUUUUUGCAGUUAGGUGUUUUUUAGUUUGUUGUAGUGUAUUGUUCCCAUUGUGUUAGCUGCUUUCUCUCUCAGUGUUGCACAGUCACAGCAGAAGAUUUCAUGUGAAAGGGAGAUGGGAAAUUUUCAGAUGAAAGGCUUAGAAGAAAAAAGAGAAAUUUGUCUUUUUUAACAAAACAAGAAAUUAUUCAUCUUCAGUGACCUGCGAGUGUUGCUGACAAAAUGAACGUGUCAGCUUUUUCAGUUUGCUCCAUGAGAUAAAGUUCUGUUUAUUAUGUUUUGAUAUUGAUAUUGAUGCAUUGAUCGUCAUGAUAUUACACUGAAAACCACCGUCUUCUUCACUUGUGCAAAAUAUCAUUUUUUUAAAUUUUCAAAUAAAAUAGUAUUUCAUCACUGAAUACAUAACAUUUUUAGCUUUGUCAUGAACUUAGCGUCCUUGGUUUCGGUCAGAUUCUGACAAUCACAUGUUCGUGACACGCUUUGUAGAACACAGUGAAACGUUGUCAUAUUUUGUCACACGUAUGCAAGUAGGGUGCCCAUAUUAGGCCAUUGUGUGAGAUCGUCACAUUAAACAGAGUUUGCUUUGAGAAGGUUUCACUGUGUAAGAGUUAGUGCAAAUUUUUACUACAACUACUGCUGUACUUGACCUUCUUUUUUCUUCAAGUUUGCUAUCACUUCAAAAGAUAAAAUAGUUUUGGUUUAUAUUUUAUCACCAUACAGCUAAUAUUUUUGCAUCAGUUUGUGAGUUGCUGAUUUAUAUUUGUAUAAGAAUAGAAGUAAUUGUAAGCCUGUAACAACAUGAAGUGAUGUCUGAACAACCACCCUGUACAAAUAGUUGUGCUGUUUGUCCUUUAUGCAAUUCACUGGAAAUAAACAAUGGAUUUUUA